AUGAAGACAAUUUUCAUGUUUUCAACUCUUCUGAUUCUUAUUUUAUCAUGUGCAUCAAAUAUCAAGGCAAAAUAUAAUUAUGAAGAGGAAGAUCAUUCUUUGUAUUCAGCAGCAAGCCCUCAAAUUAAUUUUAAAUUAGAUGAACUUCCACCAGAUGAACAUAUUGAAGUUAUGGCUGCUGAAAACAUAAUUGGCUUUUGUCAUGAAUGUGCAUAUCAUUGUAUGAGACGAAGACGGAGACUUGGUGAAUGUCGAUCAUUUGUUUGUCAUUGCACUAUAGGAGGUUGGAGUCCUUGA